UAGCAGUAUAUGUUUUUGCGUUUGUACUCUUCUUCUGCUCUUGUCGUCAGUUAGUGUGUUGUACUUGGCGGAAUAAAAGGUGUACAAAGUAACAAGUUAUUUUAUUGACGAACAUUGGUAGCAGAGGAUGGUUAGUAACUACAGAGUUCCGCCAACGUUUGAAGAACGAAAGCCUUACGAAAGCUGGAAGAAUGAAGUCAACAUUUGGACGAGAGUUACAGAUUUGGAGAAGAAAAAGCAAGCGCUUGCUGUUGCCCUGGCACUGUCUGGAAGAGCGCGGGACACGGCGAUGGAAAUUCCGGUAGACGAUCUAAAUAAAGACACUGGAAUGACCACUUUGUUCGCUAAACUAGAUGACUUGUUCCUAAAAGAGGAAAAGGACAGGAUCUAUGAGGCGUACUCGGAUUUUGACCGAGUCAUAAAAGAAGCUAACAUGUCGAUGGCGGACUAUAUUAUUGAUUUUGAGCAGCGUUACUCGCGUAUGAAAAAAUACAACAUGGAGCUACCUGACGCAGUUUUGGCUUUUAAGCUUUUGGACACCACGUGUUUGGAUAUAACAGACAGACAGUUGGCUUUAACGGCUUGCUCAGAUGUAACAUUUGCUUCUAUGAAGUCCGCUUUGAAGAGAAUAUUUGGCGAGAAAAGAGGUGCGGCAGCAGAAGCCAUUAGCCAAGAGUCCGUGUUUGCAACGGAGCAACGGCGGCAGAAAGGCAAGUACUGGCGGCAAAGUCCCCGUCAGGAAACUACGCAGCCCGGUACAAACCCGCUGGAUAAGUACGGACGACGGUCAAAAUGUGCAGUGUGUCAAAGUACUUUCCACUGGGUUAAAAACUGUCCGCACAAAGCUGAUAGUGUUAAAAUUGCUGAGGAUGCAAAAGACGUGGAAGAGUGUAAUCUAACUCUAUACACCAAAGAAUCACCAACAGAUGCAGAAAUAUUCAUGACAGAAUGUUUUGGCUCGGCAAUAAUAGACACUGCUUGCACCAGGACAGUUUGUGGCCAAGAGUGGCUGGACAACUACAGUACUGUACUACAAAAGAAAAGUGUGAAGAUUAUGAAAGAGACAGAAACACAAAGUCACAGGCCCUUCAAGUUUGGAGAUGGAAAAAUCGUCUACUCCAUCAAAAAGGUAAAGUUACCUGCUAAAAUCGGCAACACAAAGUGUAAUAUAGAAACUGAAGUAGUACCUGCUAACAUCCCGCUGCUUCUGAGUAAAGCCUCAUUGAAAAGGGCAGGGACUGUUUUGGACAUGGAAAAGGACAGUGCAGUGAUGUUUAACCAGCCUGUCAAACUGGACUUUACUAGUUCAGGUCAUUACUGUGUGAACAUUGUGGACAGUGACAAUAGAAAUUUUAUUCACUCUGAUAAGCUAUUAGAAGCUACUGAGGAAGAAAUACUGACUGCAACAGACAAGAUGAACACAAGUGAAAAGAUGAAAGUUCUGGAGAAACUUCAUAAGCAGUUUGGACAUGCCUCUGCUGAUAAAAUACAGAGACUUUUGACUAAUUCUGGCAACAGGGACACAGAAUGUGACAGCCUGCUGAAAAAGAUCGUGAACCAGUGUGAAGUGUGUCAAAAAUAUUGUAAGACCAAACCAAAACCUGCUGUCGGCUUACCGUUGGCAUCUACAUACAAUGAAACAGUUGCUGUAGAUCUGCACGAACUUGAACCUGGGGUUUGGUACCUACACAUUAUUGACCAGUUCACCCGUUUCAGUGCUGGUAGUGUCUUAACCACCAAGAGGUCUUCUGAAAUAGUCAAACGUUUUAUCCAUGAUUGGAUCAGUGUGCAUGGCCCACCACAAAAGUUGUUCAGUGAUAAUGGUGGUGAGUUUAAUAACGAGGAAGUGAGAGACAUGGCCGAGAACUUUAAUAUUGAAGUUAAGACAACACCUGCCUACAGUCCGUGGAGCAAUGGACUGUUAGAGCGCCAUAAUCAAACUCUGACGGAGAUCCUACUGAAAGUCAAAGCAAGUACUGGAUGUGACUGGAGCACUGCCAUGGACUGGGCACUGAUGGCAAAGAACUCUAUGCAAAGUGUCCAUGGAUACAGCCCACAUCAGCUGGUGUUUGGGCAGAAUCCCAACCUGCCCUCUGUAUUAAUAGACAAAGUUCCAGCUCUAGAGGGCACCACCAAGAGUGAAUGGGUUGCCAAGCACAUUUCAGCCCUGCAUGCUGCAAGAAAAGCUUUUACAGAAGCAGAAUGUUCAGAAAGGAUACGCAGAACAUUAAAGAAACAGCUGCGGCCCAUAGACGAGCGAUAUGAAACUGGAGACAAAGUCUUUUACAAAAGAGUGGAUUGUCCAGAAUGGAAAGGACCAGGAGUGGUGAUUGGUCAAGAUGGUGCAGUCGUUUUUGUUAGACACGGCGGCACCUGUGUCAGAGUGCAUCAACUCAGAUUGAGAAAAGUUACUCACGAGAAUGAAGCACCUCAGAUUACCUGCAAUGAGGAGAACAUUCAAGGACAACAUACAGUGGACAUCAUUGAAGAGAAUGGAGGAGGAGACACUAUUGCAGUAAGUCCUGAGAAUUAUCCUGCUCCUAAAAAUACAGAGGCCAUGAGACAGCACACUGGGAACACCAUCAUAAAGACAGGUCAAAUUGUGACAUUCAGAAAUGCAGAGGGUGUCUCACGAAAAGCCAAAGUGUUGGGCCGUGCUGGCAAAGCAACUGGAAAAUACAAGAACUGGUUUAACUUGGAGCUGCUUGAGCCUGCAGGAGUGGCUGGCAACAGUGAAUCAGCAGAUCUGUCACAGUUGGAGGAUCUUCACGUCCAGGCAGAUGCUGAGGAUACGGAUACGCACGAGGAUGUUUUUGUGAGUAAGGACAUGUCGUUUGAUGAAGCGAAGAAAAAUGAAAUAAAAAGCUGGAAACAGAACCAAGUGUUUGAAGAAAUUGAGGACAAAGGACAAAAGUGUGUCUCCACUCGUUGGGUGUGCUCUCUGAAAGAGACUGAAAAUGGAAUAAUACCAAAAGCAAGACUUGUUGCAAGAGGAUUUGAGGAGCUACAAGUUUCUGACCUACAAAAGGACUCUCCAACCUGUGCCUCAGAGUCACUGAGACUCCUGGUGGCAGUUAUAUGUCAAAAACAAUGGGAACUUCACUCUAUGGACAUUAAAUCUGCCUUUUUACAAGGAAUGCAACUGUCUAGAGACAUUUUCAUCAAACCUCCCCCAGAGGCUAAUAGAACAGGUGUGCUUUGGAAACUGAGAAAAUGUGUGUAUGGUUUAGCUGAUGCUUCACUGUAUUGGUAUAACAGGGUAAAAACCAUCAUGAUUGAAGCAGGAGGCGUUGUGUCUAAGGUUGACCCUGCAGUUUUCUAUUGGCUGGAUGAGCACAAAAAUGUAACUGGUGUACUUGCUUGUCAUGUUGAUGAUUUUAUAUGGGGUGGAUCACACAUGUUUUCAGAGUCAGUCAUACCUCACCUGAGGUCAAAGUUCAGUGUUGGCCGUGAAGCACACAAUAGUUUUUCCUAUGUGGGGGUAGAUCUUGUUACUAAAGGUAAGAAGGUACAAAUACACCAAGAAACAUACAUUCAGCACCUGCAGUCCAUACACCUCUCACCCUCACGAGCAGCAGAGUCAGCUUCACCUCUCACUGAAAAGGAGACAGAGCAGCUCAGAUCGAAGAUAGGCCAACUUCUUUGGGUGGCGAGACAGAGCAGGCCUGAUGCCAUGUUUGAUGCUAGCAAUUUAACAUCUCGUCUCAAACAUGCUACAGUACAGACCAUUAAUGAAGCAAACAGAGUUGUGUGUAAGCUCAAGGCCAAGUCAGUUGAAUUGAAUUUCCAACACCUUGGGGAAGACAGUAACUUAAGGAUGGUUACAUUCACUGAUGCAUCCUUUGGAAAUCUUUUAGAUGGGGGUACUCAAGGUGGGCACUUCAUCGUUUUGAUGGGUGACAAUGGGCAGUUCUCUCCCAUUUCAUGGCAGUCAAAGAGAAUUAAGAGAAUUGUCAGAAGCACGCUGGCAGGUGAAACACUCGCUAUGUCUGAGGGGAUUGAUAAUGCCAUUUUUCUUUCCACACUCUUUUCUGAACUCAGUGCUGGUAGUACUGCUUGUCCUCCACCUAUAAUGUGUGUGACCGAUAAUUUCUCUCUUGUAGAUGCACUUAAGUCAACUAAGUUUGUUACAGAGAAAAGGUUGCGCCUGGAAAUCAGUUCAAUUAAAGAGCUGAUUCAAACUAAGAAAGUUCAAGUGUUGUGGUCUCAAACAAAAGACCAACUCGCAGACUGUUUAACAAAGAAGGGAGCAUCCACAACCUCACUCCUUAAGGCUCUUUAUGAAGGACAUUGGAUUCUUCAAUAAAUUCAUUUACAAGAUGUUUCACGUUCCAUCAUGUUGAAACUGUACUAACAAAAUCCUUAAUGGAUGUGCUUUGUCAUGAUGGUUAGGAACAGA